CAACCAUACUUUAAAAGAUUUGGAAAAUUAUGAAGGAAAUGUAAAAUGAGAGUGACUAAUGAAACGAAUUGAACUGUAUUUAUAGUCAGGAAGGAAUUGAACUGUAUCCCAGCCAAUACCAGACUUCCAUCCAAGACCAACCACUCUUUCCCUACUCAAUGCUCCUCAAAGGUCUCUCUCUCUCUCUAUGCAUUAUACACACAAGGCACCCUAUUGUAGGUGCUCUAUGUUUCUGUCUUGUGUGUGAUAUUUUGAAGUUUACUUGGAUAUGCAGAGGCUAGAAGUGGCUGAGUUUUCUGGUCUUCGAGCCAGUUCAUGUGUAACCUAUGCAAAGAACGCUAGUGAGGGAUCCUUCUUUGAUAUGGUGGCUUCCCAACUUGCUCCCAAGGUUGCAGUAUCAACUCCUGUUAGAGCAGAAACUGUAUCCAAAUUGAAGGUGGCUAUCAACGGAUUUGGACGCAUUGGCAGGAACUUCCUGCGAUGCUGGCACGGUCGCAAAGACUCGCCCCUUGAUGUAAUUGUUGUCAACGACAGUGGUGGUGUCAAGAACGCUUCCCACCUAUUGAAAUAUGAUUCCAUGCUUGGAACUUUCAAGGCAGAGGUGAAAAUUGUGGACAACGAGACCAUCAGUGUUGAUGGCAAGCCCAUAAAGGUUGUUUCCAACAGAGACCCUCUUAAGCUUCCUUGGGCUGAGCUCGGGAUAGACAUUGUUAUUGAGGGAACAGGAGUUUUUGUAGAUGGUCCUGGUGCUGGGAAACAUAUUCAAGCUGGUGCCAAGAAAGUUAUCAUCACUGCUCCAGCCAAAGGUGCUGAUAUUCCAACCUAUGUUGUUGGUGUUAAUGAAAAGGAUUAUGACCAUGAGGUUUCCAACAUUGUAAGCAAUGCUUCUUGCACCACAAACUGUUUGGCUCCUUUUGUGAAAGUCAUGGAUGAGGAAUUUGGCAUUGUCAAGGGAACAAUGACAACCACCCACUCCUACACUGGAGAUCAGAGGCUUUUGGAUGCUUCACACCGAGACUUGAGAAGAGCCAGGGCUGCCGCAUUGAACAUAGUCCCAACAAGCACUGGUGCAGCCAAGGCUGUAUCUCUCGUGCUACCUCAGCUCAAGGGCAAGCUCAAUGGCAUUGCACUCCGUGUCCCAACCCCUAAUGUCUCAGUUGUUGACCUUGUUGUGAAUGUUGAGAAGAAGGGCAUCACAGCAGAAGAUGUCAAUGCAGCCUUCAGAAAGGCAGCUGAGGGACCAUUGAAGGGUGUAUUGGACGUGUGUGAUGUUCCUCUCGUCUCUGUCGACUUCCGGUGCUCUGAUGUUUCUUCAACCAUUGACUCUUCAUUGACCAUGGUCAUGGGAGAUGAUAUGAUCAAGGUUGUCGCUUGGUACGACAAUGAAUGGGGAUACAGCCAAAGGGUAGUUGAUUUAGGUCAUCUUGUAGCCAGCAAGUGGCCAGGUGUGGCUGCGGCGGGAAGCGGAGACCCAUUGGAGGACUUCUGCAAGACAAACCCAGCUGAUGAGGAAUGCAAAGUCUAUGAAGCUUAGAAGAUUUUGUACGAGAGUACAGUCAAUAAUGCCUGCUUUUUGCUGUGACGGUGUUACAGAUUGGAUUGAUUACUCUUUUGUGUGUGCAUUAUGUUACUUGAUAAAUAACAUGAUUUUCUUUAUUAAAAAAUUGAUAUUUCUAUUAUGCA